CAGCGUGGCCGGGGCUCCCGGGCCGAGCGCUCCCGGCGUGGCCGCCCGUUCCCCCCAUUUUACCUCUCCUGCUUUUUCUUUUCCCGGGCGUUUCUUCCCUGGGGAAGUCGAAAGGCAACUCGGAAUCCGCAGGAGGCGGCGGCCGGGACCGCGGGCGGUGCGGGGGCUGCCCGGGCGGUGCGGGGGCUGGGAACGCUUCAGGUGGCAGAGACCUGGGCUCUGCCUGCCCUCCCGUGCCCGGAGCCUCCUGCCUGGGACUGGGACAAGGACGAUCCGCCGGGUUUGGCUGGGAAGAAGAAUGCCGACACGAAUAUGAGGUGAGCCCUGUCCUGUGCUUGCCGCGGUGCCUCGGUGCUCCUGUUGGACGGCUGGGGACGGGGACUUGCCUCUCACCAAGCCACUUCCGUAGACAAAAUGAAGCCAAGGAGGAGCUUUCCACCACGCUGGAGCCACAGUGACUGCUGCCCAAUUUAAAGCCCAGGCCAGACUGUGCCCCGGCUGCCUGGCGAGAUGAAAGAAGUGGUGUUGUGGUCACCCGAGGAGGUGACAAACUGGCUAAUGGAAAACGCCGUGCCAGAAUAUUGUGAGCCACUGAAGAGCUUCACCGGGCGGGAUCUGAUCAACCUCACCGAGGAGGAUUUUAAGAAGACUCCUCUCUCCCGGGUGUCUUCUGACAGCGGCCAGAGGCUCUUGCACAUGAUUGAAACUUUGAAAAUGGCUGACCACAUGGAGGCUCACAAAAACGGGCACGUCAACGGGCACGUCCGCGUCGGCGGGAGCAAAACCCCCCGCGAGAACGGCUUCAGCAGCAAACUGAAGCUGAACGGGACGCCUAAUGGGUAUAAGAAGGAGAUGAUAAAGAUCCCCAUGCCAGAGCCAGAGCGCUCGCAGUACCCUAUGGAGUGGGGCAAGACUUUCCUGGCUUUUAUUUAUGCACUUUUUUGUUUCGUCUUUACCACAGUGACUAUCUCAGUCGUUCACGAACGAGUGCCUCCCAAGGAGGUGCAGCCUCCCCUACCAGAUGCAUUUUUUGAUCGCUUUGAUCGGGUGCAAUGGGCUUUUUCUAUCUGUGAAAUCAACGGCAUGAUCCUUGUAGGACUGUGGUUUGUUCAGUGGCUGCUCUUGAAGUACAAGUCUAUAAUUAGCAGAAGGUUUUUCUGUAUCGUUGGCACACUGUACCUGUACCGCUGUAUCACCAUGUAUGUGACUACACUCCCAGUACCUGGCAUGCAUUUCAAGUGCUCUCCAAAGCUUUUUGGAGACUGGGAAUCUCACCUGCGAAGGAUAAUGAAGUUGCUUGCUGGGGGAGGAUUGUCCAUCACAGGGUCCCACAACAUGUGUGGUGACUACCUGUACAGCGGGCACACGGUCAUCCUCACGCUCACCUACUUGUUUAUCAGAGAGUAUUCCCCUCGGCGACUCUGGUGGUAUCACUGGUUUUGCUGGGCACUCAGCAUAGUUGGGAUGUUCUGCAUCCUCCUUGCUCAUGACCACUACACUGUGGACGUGGUGGUGGCUUACUACAUCACUACAAGACUUUUCUGGUGGUACCACACAAUGGCCAACCAGCAAGUGCUAAAAGAAGCUUCCCAAACAAACCUCCUUGCAAGGGUCUGGUGGUACAAGCCCUUCCAGUACUUUGAAAAGAAUGUCCAAGGAAUUGUACCUCGUUCCUACUACUGGCCCUUCCCCUGGCCGGUGCUGCACCGGGGCAGGCAGGUGAAGUACAGCCGCCUGCUGGGUGACACAUAACGGUGUGUCUGGGGACAGCGAGGGGAAAGGACCUGUCCCAAGUGCUAAGAACUCCAGAAGAGAAGAUGCCAUAAAAAAAAACAACCCACAAAACCAACCCCCUCCUUAACCCUUCCUCUUAACAGCUCCCUGUUCAGUUACCUGGUAAGCACUGUGAUCUUUUUUUCCUCUCCAAAGGACCCGCGUUGGACAAGAAUAAAGAGAGUGGAACUUGUCGUGCACUGUUACACAUUUCUGGGUAGUAGAUUUGGGAUUUGCAGUCACCCCAUCCCCAUGUUCCUUUCUAUUAGAUGCGACAGCAGAAAUGAAAACUUUUCUAAUCCUAAGUUCCUGGUCUUUCCAGUCACGUCUGGGAAUAAAGCCUAUUAUUUUCUUGGGAAAACAUACUUUUCGUAUCUCUUGCCCCAAAGAUUGGGCUCUAAGCCAUUUUCUAGCAAAUGACUCUGUGAAGGUUUCUAAAUACCUGCCUUGGGUAACAGUGGAGAGAUCUUUCUACCUGUUGCACCACGCGACGAGUGAGAGACACAGGAAGGUUUUGGUGAUCUUGAUUUUUGUAGAAUCUGCAGUGACUGUGUCCAAAAAAGUGCAAAAAAAAACAUUAAAAAAAAAAAAAAGAAGAAAAAAAAAGUUGUAAAGUGAUUUUCUAAGUAUUUCCUAACUUUAUUUUUCAAGAUGUGUAUGAAAAUUAAAUUUAAAAAAAAAAAAAGAGAGUUUUUACAUGUCAGAGAAUAGAGAGUUAAAAUUUAAAGAAUAAGCUUCUUGGGAGAGAGAGAUUUGUCUAUGUUUCUAGUGCCUUUCUUGUCUUGAUUGUAUGGUCAGUAGGCAGUCUUAAAUGUUUUUAUUUAAAAUAAAGUAUUCCAUGAAAGCAGAAUUAUAUAUACUGUAUAAUUACUAAUUUUUUUUUUGCAUUUAUAGCUAAAUUAAACUGGAAAUUUGCUUAUAAUGUUGAAAUUGCCAUGUGGAGGGGGGGGAGGAAACCAGGUGAAAAGGGUCCAACCUUGCUCACACAUUGUGGGCAGGUCACACUAAAAGGUUUCACUUUAUUCUCUACUUGGUAGCUGUGUUUUAAAAAGAAAAACAGCCAUGAAUUCCUUUUUUUUUUUUUUUUAAGAGUUUUACAAAUGAUCACUGAGUGAACGACAAAUGGUUUCUCCAUCCCCUGUGGAAACGUUGUUGGAAAACAACAAGGAUAAACCUGUUUCUUUCAACUACUUGUGCAGAAGCUGCAUGUGAUUCUAAAUUUCACACUGUUAUGUUUGGGGAAGUGUUCUCUCCCAAACUUGCCAAUGUGCAGAGCAAAAGAGUUUGUUGGUUUUUUUGUUGGUUUUUUUUUUUUUUCUAAGAAUGAAGAGAAAAUAUAUAUAUAAGUAUAUAUAUAUAUCCAUUCUGUAUUUUACGUGAAGCAGAGUUUGUAGGGCUUUUAUUUUAUUUUAUUUUUUUUUUUUUGGUGUAUUCACCAGGUGAUAUUUGUAUUUGUAAAAAUGACGACGGUGAAGGAAAAUAAAAAAGGCUUUGGAAAAAAAUGUAGUUUCCUUUUAUCUUCUUGAGGGUCAGGAAUGGAAAGCUGGGUUUACUCUUUUGCAACCCUUGCUUUUCAGUCGCUGUGUAAAUUAUUGCACUUGUAGGCCAGAGGAAUUUGGACUGGAUGGAAACUGCAUUGAUUUCGAAGGGCUGCUUGAGGUGGGCAAACCUAGUGCCUUAAAGAAAUGCUAUGCAAUAGAUGCUGGGCUUUGGGAGCUGGGAGAGGCUGGGAGAAGCUGUCCUGGGAGCCAUCACCAGGCCUUGAAACAUCUACCCCCAAAACCUGCUGGGAUGGAGCACGUUGGAGGCUACAGAGCCCCAGGCCUGGCAAAAAAAGUGCAAUGUCUGUGAGUGACCUGGUGGUGACAGGGUCGUUCCUUCUGCUUUCUGGGGAUGGGUUGGCUCUACUUCUCUGCCCUGUUCCUCAGCCUUGGCCAAGAACUGCUGUGCAGAACUGAUGGAGUGUUACUUCUGCCUGGCUGUUGGGUGCUGAAUCAGACCAACCUGUUUCUUACCCAGUUCCCUUUCUCCCUGUGCGAGGAGGGGGUUUCUUUGUAUCUUGGCAAAACCCUUUGCAGAACUGGCUGUGGGUUCUGGGCUCUGACUUCCGUUCACGGUGGUCUCGUUGCAACUUUGUGGUUGAAAAUAAUUUUUAAGAAGAAAAGCUCCUUCCCCCAGAUGAUUGCUGGAGGGAACUCACACUCCCAGAGAUCAGUGACCAAGUAGAUUUUUCAAGGCCUGGCACAUCAUGCACAUCAGAACCAUCAUUGACAUCAGGAAAUGUAUGGAUUUCUGCACAUGCCAUUAAAUGGAGAUCUGCUGAA